CGGAGCUGUAUCUGUUGAAAAUCGUUUUGGGGCACAUAAUUCGAGCUCCCGAAACUCGGAAAAGUUUUUAGUGUGCCGGCGAAUUUGUAUGCGGAAGCACGUUCCUCGCUCACUCGUUCGAGUGACGGUUGCCAGCCCAUUAAAAGCAGUGCAUUGCAGAGGACGUGUUAUACAGUAGACUGGGAGUUCCACUCCUCCCAUACAUUCGCAUCUUAAUAAAAGAGUCUUUCGAACCUACUCGCUAGCGAAUAUGUGUGACACUCGGAAAAUCUGAAUUACUUGAAUGAGUUCAUUCGACAGAAUCAUUCUGUUUACCAAAGGAACCUCUUCCAUUUGUUAGUGCUGAGAACUCCACGCCUCGCACAAAGUUACGAGUUCUCAACACCUCGGCCAAGUGUUGCAGUGCGUGUCCAAGUGUUAUGCAAGAAGUGCAAGAAUGUAAUUUUCAAGUCGGUAGUUCUGCUUCCUCUGUAAGAAAAACAUCCUCGAAAUAAUCAAAUUCCAGCGGAUCUGGUGCGGGUGACGUUUCUUUUAAGUUCGGUCCGUAAUUAUCGAAACAGUUUUCACUUGUGCAAUAUCCCAUCGGCUCAACUGUGUGUUAUGUUCGAUUUUCAAAGGAUCCGUGUCCUGAGCAGAAGGAUGCAAUCAACGCAUUAGUGAGUACAGGAGCACCGGGCGGAGCAGGGUAACCCGCACGACUUGUGACUUACUGACAACAAUCACAAGGCCAUUGAUAGAAAGGAAGGAUAUCACUCAUUGUUCCAGCUUCAUAACAUGAUACAAAAUACAAAUGUAGUGCAGAGGGAUGACAAUAAACCAUUAUGAACCUAUUUGAGUGCAUCUCGAAAUUGGAAAAAUCUGUCGUUAACAACGGGCAGAUAGCACACAUUCAAGUGAAAUUCAUUUGAAAUAAAAUGAUUACGAAAAGGAUACGAAACAGGAAUGGCGCCCUUUCGACCAAGAUAUCCAAGACAGCUACAGCAACAAUAGCGUCAUCCACUGCAUCCGUAGCUACUCAGUAAAGAGUCUUUGUCGAUAAACAGACGAGCUGGCGAAUAAUACGUUUCCGCAGAAAAGAAAAGGAUUGUGGAGCUCGUAUACCGAAGCAAAGGGACUCAGCGAGGAGUUGAGACGAAGCCCAGCCAUAGAGAUGAGCCAUAGCAAAAACUAGAACAAGGCGAAGUAAACAUGUUUACCUCAAGCUCGUAUCUGUACAGCACUUGAUUCCUGUUUGCAGUUGCAGUCAUUGUCUUACGAUUCACUCGAUCGCUCAGACGACUUUUCGGUACAAAAACCGCCUUGUUCUUCCUGGAGACGUGGAAGGAGACAGAAACAGGAAAGAAUAAAUAAAAGGAGUACGAAUCUCAUUCAGGACAAUAAUACACGAAAAUCGAAUCAAAAGAACAGAAGCAUGGCAUUCGCAGCCGCACGUAUGAUUCUCAAGGAUAAGAGAAGAAAAUCCAAAGAAGACUUUCCCACGCCGCAGCGUACACGGAGUAAGGCCAGAAGUGUCAGCACAAGUAGCUUUAGGAGUCUCAGUCAGGCUCGCAAUAAACCUGCUGACGGUAGCGGACAUUUAAAUCCGAAAUCUGGCCAACGUGAUAAAACACCGGCACCCGGACAAAAAGGAGGAGCUCCUACAAAGGCAACAGCUCAUACGGCCAAACAGCCAGUUCCGGCGAAACAAGCUGCAGCUGGAAAUAAUAAACAAAAUGCUACCCCCAAACAGUCAUCGGCGCAAGCAACGCCAAAACCUGCGGCUGCUGCGGCGAAAAUUCAAAAAAAGCCUAAAAAGAAACAUCAACAGCAUGACCUGGUGGUCACAAUUGAUUUGACUGAAUAUGGACUGUCCGAGGAGCAGGUUGCCGAAUUCAAAGAAGCUUUCAUGUUAUUCGAUAAGGACGAGGACGGUACCAUAACAAUGGCUGAAUUGGGGGUGGUGAUGAGAUCUCUCGGGCAGCGUCCCAGUGAAACUGAGCUCCGAGAUAUGGUCAAUGAAGUCGACCAAGAUGGAAAUGGCACCAUAGAAUUCAAUGAAUUCCUGCAGAUGAUGUCGAAAAAGAUGAAAGGUGCCGACGGUGAGGACGAAUUGAAGGAAGCUUUUAGAGUAUUCGAUAAAAAUAAUGACGGACUCAUAUCGUCGUCGGAGCUUCGGCAUGUGAUGACUAACUUGGGAGAAAAACUAUCAGAAGAAGAAGUCGAUGACAUGAUCAAAGAAGCUGAUUUGGAUGGUGAUGGCAUGGUUAACUAUCAUGAGUUUGUGAUGAUCUUGACGGCGAAAAACUAGUGUAAGAUUUGUAAUCGUCGAGGCAGAAGAAAAGCUGAGAAAUUGUUUGGCAGCACCGAGCAAACUAGUAAAGUUCAGUAAUACUGAAGACCAGCAAAGCACCUUGAAAGACAACAA